AUGGAAAGUUGUGUAAUAUCAGAUGGGCAUACUCUGGAAGUUGUAAAAAUCCAUUUGACUAAACUGAAAGUUGCAAAUGUUGAGUAUAAUCAGGACCUUGAGGGAUAUUUAAAUUCUCUAUCAAUGUUAAUACAAGAAUUCAAUAAAGAAGAUAAUAAACGUAACGUUAAUUGGAGAUUGCACAAAGUUGAAGAACCACGAAGCAGUAAUGCAUAUUUUAAAUUACGUCCUAAUAUUAAAAUGUAUUUGAUAAUUGAAAUAGGAUUACCCCCUGCAUAUCAGGCAUAUCAGGUAUCGGUACAUCAGGCAGAGAAUGUCCACAUCGUUAUUCAUGAUAAUGAAAGCACGACGCUUAGUAUAGAAAAUUCUCCACCAUACGAAGAAUCUUCGGAAUUCUCUUCGCUUCCUAAUGCCAACGGCCAUAAUUCUCGUAUUUCAUCACCACCACCUAUUUUAACAGCCCGGAGAAUCGAUCGUCUAAAUGAACUAAAACAAAAUAUUAUAUCUGAACAUCCAAACAUAAAAGUUUAUACUCGCCAAUUGGACGUACGUGAUAAAUCCACUGUUGAUCAAUUGGUUUCGAGUUUACCUAGUGAUUUAAAGGAUAUUGACGUUUUGGUUAAUAAUGCUGGACUAGUAAAAGGAGUGGACAAGAUUGAGAACGUUUCUUCUGAUGAUAUUGAUAUCAUGAUUGAUACAAAUGUUAAAGGAUUAUUGUACGUUACUCAAGCUGUUCUUCCAAGAAUGAAGGAACGUCAAAAGGGCCAUAUAAUUAAUAUUGGUUCUAUAUCAGGACAACAAGUCUACGCUAAUGGUGGUGUAUAUUGUGCAUCAAAACACGCUGUUAAUGCUUUAUCGAGGACAUUACUUCAUGAAUUGGUGGACACUCCAAUUAGGGUCUCGGAAAUAAAUCCUGGUAUGGUAGAAACCGAAUUCUCUUUUAUCAGGUUUGGUGGUGAUAAAGCAAAGGCCGACAAAGUUUAUGAAGGCAUAACACCGUUGACUGGUGAAGAUAUUGCUGAAACAAUUGUAUUUGUCGCAUCUAGACCAGACCAUGUUAACAUUGCAGAUGUUACAUUAUAUCCUGUUAACCAG